AUGGCGACCGCCAAUGACGACCUAAAGUCUCUCACGUCAGCCAUUCAGAGCCUGCUUCAACUACAAAUUCAACAGAGUAGUGCAGGGAAGGCUGGAGGACCACCUCAAAUCGACGCUUAUAAUCAGUUAAGUGCUCGCAUCGAAAAAUAUACAUACGGGACGGCAGAGGAUACAAAGCCGUUCAGGAAAUGGCUUCUCCGUCACGAGUUUACAAUCUGCACGGAGGCAGCGUGUCUCUCUCCGGAAAUGAGAACACGUCUCGUACUUGACAAGCUCGGUCAAUCGGAAUUUGAUAGACUUGUGGACCACGUCGCACCGUUAAAUCCGUCGGAGAUGAGUCAAGAGAACCUUCUGGAAGUUUUAAAGGAACUCUUCCGAGACAAGGUGUCGUCAUUCUGCUACUCGAGUGAACACGACGAGCUGAAGAGGAUAGCUCUCCGAGUUGUCGAGAAAAAUCGGGAAGCCUCCCUCAAAGACGUUGUCACCGAACUGGAAGCGUACUUAAACAUAUCUUCAAGCAUGAAAACGCUUGAAAAUCCGCUGAGCGCUGUGUCGCCUUCGGUUCUCAAAGUGACACAGCCGAUACGGUACGAUCCGAAAGUGCCGAAACGUUUGAUCGAUCUAAGCGAGGCGUUUAUGCAGCUUGAGAUUGACGAGGCCCAUCGAGAAAUUACUACCAUUACUACUCCGAAAGGGCUAUUUCGGUUCAAGCGCCUACCCUUCGGUAUCAAAACGGCGCCGGCGAUUUUCCAGCAAGCAAUGGAUAGUACCCUCUCUGGGCUCGAAGGAGUUUACGCGUACCUUGACGAUGUCAUAGUUGUAGGUUGCAAUCGUCAGGAGCACGACGAGCGUCUAGUGCGGACCUUGCAACGCCUGGAGGAAAAGGGAUGGAAACUCAGCUUCGAGAAGUGCUUUUUCACUGUUCAACAAAUCAAAUAUCUUGGGUUGAUAGUGAAUAAACAUGGCAUUUCUGCCGAUCCUGAGGCAACACGGGCCAUAGCAAGCAUGCCUAAUCCAAAAAAUGUUUCAGAGGUGCAGAGUCUUCUCGGUCUGGUGAACCACUACGGGAAAUUUAUUCCCUAUUUACAUGAAAUAAAGCGUCCCCUCGAAGAGCUGACACGCAAAAACAAGCUUUGGAUGUGGAAUAAACAUCACGACGCUGCUAUGGAAAAGAUUAAAAAUGUGAUGCUGAGUCCACUCCUGCUAGAACACUACGAUCCAACAAAGACACUGAUAGUGGCUGCCGAUGCUAGCUCCACUGGGAUCGGAGCAGUCCUACUUCAACGCGACUCUAACGGACACGAACGCGCCGUUUAUCACAUGAGUCGAAGUCUCACGGACUCCCAACGGAAUUAUUCCCAGCUGGAAAAGGAAGCACUUGCGCUCGUCACUGGAGUUGAACGCUUCCAUAAAUUCGUAUGGGGCAGACGGUUCGUCUUACAAACUGAUCACAAGCCACUGGUGGCCCUGCUCCAAACCGAAAACACAAAGGGCCUGAGACCAACCACAGCAGCACGGCUCAAGCGUUGGGCACUGCGUCUUCUUGGGUAUGAUUUCAAGAUUGAAUACAUUCGUACUCAAGACUUCGGGCAAGCAGACGCCUUGUCGCGGUUGAUGGUAAAAUUCCGCCAGGAUAAUGCCGAAGAACUACAGGUGGCGGGGGUGCAGGAGGUCGAAAAGGAACUCCUCCAAGUCAGGAAUACUUGCAUCGACUCGUUCGGAAAGGAAAUUCGAGGCAAGCUAAAAAAGGCUACGGAAGAUGAUUCCAUCCUCACCGCUGUGUUCAAGGCCAUCAGAGAAGGCUGGAGCAGUACUGGGAAUCCUGAGUCCUUACAGCACUACCAAAGACGCGCCGAUCAACUCGCCAUAGUGGACGGUACACUCCUACUCAGUGAUAGGAUUGUCAUCCCUGACAAGCUGAGGCCAGCUAUCUUGACCGCUCUCCACCGAGGACAUCCGGGCAUCCGUCGAAUGAAACAACUCGCAAGAGAGUACGUCUACUGGCCAAAAAUGUCAGGAGACAUCGAACAGCUUGUACGCCAGUGCGAUCCUUGUGCGCUGACCCAGAAGCUUCCUCGCAAGGUGCCGCUCAACCCGUGGCCGGUACCAUCACGUCCCCUUGAGCGGGUGCACCUGGACUUCGCUGGUCCCAUCGACGGAAAAUACAUCCUAAUUUUUGUGGAUGCAUACUCUAAAUACCUAGACGUAUCACUCUCAACCUCGAUUUCAGCAAGCCGUACCGUCGAGAUGUGUCGCGAAAUUUUCGCCAGAUAUGGCGCUCCCGAGGUGAUCGUCACUGACCACGGCACCCAGUUUACAGCAGAAGUAUUCGCUGUCUUCUGUCGUGAAAUGCAAUGUACGCAUCUCUUGUCAGCAAUAAAUCAUCCACAAUCGAACGGUCAGGCCGAAAGAAUGGUGGAUACGGUAAAAAGAGCUAUCGCGAAGGAUCCUACAAACUGGAAGAAACAGUUAUACGAGUUCUUGUACAGCUACAGGUAUUCGCCGUGCUCCGCAACAGAUACCGGGAAAUCUCCGGCCGAAAUCUUCUUCGGCAGACGGAUGAACACGCCGUUCACCAAACUGUUUCCUAAGUUCUCAACCGGUGAACAUUCUGGAGCGUCUACUCCGGCAAUACGACGAGGUAUGAAGCAGCAGUUUAACAGACACCACGGCACCAUUCCACGUCAACUUUCCGUGGGAGAUCGUGUAGUGGUCUUGACGAGCAGGAAUAAGCGUGAACAGGGCGAGGUCUGGAAGAUCUUAUCUAAGACGCGCUAUACGGUACGCCUUGACAACGGCAAGGUGGUUGAUCGACAUAUUAACCACAUUUGGAGGGGAGGAUGUGGAACGGCAAAGCCAAGAGGAGGAGAUGAGAUCGACAACUGGGGAUUCUACGAACCACCCCCAAACACCUCUUCUGUUCCGCAGACCGUUCCCGACACUGGCAUACACCUAAACACUUCGCAGGAAACUCAGUUGUCCGGGAACCAACACUUCGAAGAAGCGGUCACCCAACCAGCAUCUACGAGACCAACCCGCCUUCGAGCACCAGUAAGAAGACUGAUGUUAGAUCCAGCCUCUAAAUCCUAUUUGGAGUGCUGA